AUGCAAGUUGUCUGGAAUACUUUUAUAAUAUGCAGUCUAGGAUUUAUUAUCAUAAUUAGUAAAUCAAUCGCUAAUGCAGUAUAUGAAUCACUGUGGUACGAUUUACUGAUAAAUCAAAAGAGAACUUUAACAUUCAUAAUAAUGAGAUCUCAAAAACAAAUCAUGAUUACGGCAGGAAGAAUUACGAGUUUAUCUUUGGAAACUUUCACGAGCAUCUUAAAAGCGUCAGCAUCAUACGUAUCUGUUUUACAUGCGAUGUAUUGA